AUGGCGGCCUACGACCCUCGUGUAAACACCGCUUCCCAAGAUCCCCCUCCCCCUCCUCCCCCACCACCCGAAUCCGCCAUCUCAGAGAUGCCUUCCACCACCACCGAGGACGUGGAAAUGGCCACGGCCAACGCGGCCACUAUUGUCGCUGGAGCCAACUCCGACACGCCCACCGACUCAUGGAAGCUUAAAUUCUGCACAGUCUGUGCAUCCAACAACAACCGCUCCAUGGAAGCUCACCUCCGUCUAUCGGCCGCACCAACUGCGUUCCCAGUGAUAUCCUUCGGCACAGGCUCACUAGUCCGCCUACCUGGUCCAUCGAUCUCACAACCAAACGUGUACCAAUUCAACAUAACCUCCUACAACCAGAUGUACGAGGAACUGGAAAAAAAGGACCCGCGACUGUACCGCAACAACGGCAUCCUGAGCAUGCUGGACCGCAACCGCAACUUGAAAUGGGGUCCGGAGCGGUUCCAAGAUUGGACGCCUGGUCAGCCGCGUCUCGAGCAUAUCUCCAAGGGUGACAAGGGUGCACUGGGGACGGAGGGCGGCGUCGUCGAUGUGAUUAUCACCUGUGAAGAGCGGUGCUGGGAUGCCGUGGUGGACGAUCUGAUGAAUAAGGGGAAUGCGUUGAACCGGCCUGUCCAUGUGUUCAAUGUCGAUAUCAAGGAUAACCAUGAAGAAGCGCUCGUCGGUGGAAAGGCGAUUCUCGAUCUGGCGAAUCGCUUGAACGAGUCUGCCGUGUCCCAGCGGCAAGCGCAUGGGUCUGCGGGUUGGGAGAAUGGGUCCGGUGCUGCGCGCUUGAGCUUUGAUGAGAGUGUUCCAGAAAUUCUGGCGGAGUGGCAGGAGAAGCAUCCUAAUUUGCCGGCGUUGUGGACUCUGGCCUGGCUGUAG